UUAUUAUUAUUAUUAUUUUUACUAAUCUUUUUUAUUCGCUCCAAUCCUUUGAUGUCCUCGCAAUUGCACUCUACUCAAUCAAACAGCUUCGAUACAUGGCUUGCAUGAGGCUUGGCUCUAAAUCUGAGGCAUUUCACCGUGAAGGUCAAUCCUGGCACUGCACGUCAGGCCUUCCAAGUGAUGUUACAAUUGAAAUCGGAGAAAUGUCUUUUCAUUUUCACAAGUUCCCAUUGCUUUCGAGAAGUGGGCUAUUGGACAAGCUGAUAAGAGAAUCAACAACAACUAGCAAUGAGGAUGGAGCAAUGUGCAUUUUGCAACUUGGGGACAUACCUGGAGGUGCUAAAGCAUUUGAGCUAGUGGCUAAAUUCUGCUACAACAUCAAAAUAGAGCUCACCCCUUCCAACAUUGUGAGCGUCAGGUGUGCGGCAGAUUACCUUCAAAUGAGUGAGGAGUACGGAGAGGGGAACUUGAUCCUACAGGCAGAGGUGUUCCUCAACGAAGUCUUUGGGAGCUGGACUGAUACCAUUAAAGCUUUGGAAACAUGUGAAGAAGUCCUGACACAUGCUGAGGAUCUUCACAUUGUGUCCAGAUGCAUAAACUCCUUGGCAAUGAAAGCGUGUUCAGAUUCAACUCUGCUGAACUGGCCAGUGGCAGAGGCGGCAGACGUAUGGAAUGGAAUAAGCAGCAGCACUGCAAGGCCGCUGCUGCCAGGUGAUGACUGGUGGUUUGAAGACGUGUGCUUCAUCAGCUUACCAUUCUUCAAGCGAUUCAUCGGAGCGAUUGAGGAAGCGGGGAUGAACUCAGAGCACAUUGCAAGAUCCCUGGUGUACUACGCAAAGAAAUAUAUCCCCUUGAUGAACAGGCAAGCGAGCUUCAAGGAUGCCAGCCAGGCAAAGUCGAGCUCGAAGAUUGCGACGCCUUCAGAGACAGACCAAAAGGCACUUCUGGAAGAGAUAGUGGAGCUGCUGACGAGGCAGAAAGGGGUUGUGGAAACGAGGUUUCUGCUCCGGCUUCUGCGCACUGCGAUGAUGUUGCAGACGAGCCAAACAUGUCGGGACAGCUUGGAGAGAAGGGUGGGGAUGCAGCUGGACCAGGCCUCCCUGGAUGACCUCUUGAUACCAAACAUCGGCUACUCCGCUGAGACCUUGUACGACAUUGACUGCUUCCAUAGGAUUCUUGAUCACUUCUUGUUGUUCACGGAGCAGCAGGCUUCGGCCGCUGCCACUCCGACAACGACCAUCAUGGCGGCGGAGGAAGAGCAGUUGAUGGCGGAAAACGCAGAUCAUCCCUUGACCUGUUCCUCAAUUACUACGGCAGCGGGCGGCAACAGCAGUAGGGUUGCCAAUUUGGUGGACUCUUACCUUGCAGAGGUGGCACCGGAUGCCAAUCUCAAGUUCACCAAGUUUCAGUCCCUCGCGAUAGCAAUCCCUGAUUAUGCAAGACCACUUUCGGAUGGCAUCUACCGCGCAAUCGACAUUUAUCUCAAGGCACACCCGUGGCUUACGGAUUCAGAGAGAGAGCAGAUGUGCAGGCUAAUGAACUGCCAGAAAUUAUCACUUGAGGCAAGCACGCACGCAGCACAGAAUGAGAGGUUGCCACUGAGGGUGAUUGUUCAGGUCUUAUUCUUUGAGCAGCUCCGCCUCCGCACCUCCAUUUCUGGAUGGUUCUUCGUUUCAGAGCACCCCCGCGCGGAGUACAAGGGGGCGAGCUUGGAGGAGAUGAGGCAGAGGGUUUGUGAUCUUGAAAAGGAGUGCGAGAGCGUGAGGGAGGAAGUGCAGAAGCUUGUGAAAGCUAAGCGGGGUUGGAACAUCUUCUCUAGACGAAAGCAGCAGCAUUCCAGGCCACCAAAGCCUUGCACUGCCCAACCCCACCCGCUUCACAAUUAAAAUCACUUCUGCUUUUACUUUUUGGAAUUCUUAUCCAUCAAUAAUCACUCAUACCUAAUCACACAAAUUCAUUGUAUCUCUCACUUUCUUAACCAAUUACUACGAACUAUAUUUCAUUAAAAAAACUACUAAUUCAA